AUGACAUCGUCUCUACUGUCGUCGCAUCUGGAUCAAAUCUCCCUCUGUGCCUCGUCCAUAUCCGAUCUUCCGUUUUCGCGACCGAAACAAUUCACCAAUGCCCUCCUUACACACCACGACAUUACCGCACUGAUCAGGGACACCGAACAACACGAACGCGCCCUCUUCUCUAUCGCCCCUCCUCCCGUACCGUCCAAGUCGCAAAUCCAACAGUUAUCUUCAACUUUCACCACUUCCGCUUCUCGGUCCAUUGCUGCACAAAACACUCAAAGGCCCCCACGUCGCCAUACUGCUGUCGCUGCAGUGCUCGGUGGUGACUUGUACCGCAAGACUAGAUCUGUACACAGUGGGAAACAAUCGAAGGGCGACAUUGACGUUGAGCUUCUGUUGCGAGGUGCAGAGAAGCUUUGUAGAGUCUACCCUAUUCCUGGUGCUUUUGACAAGAUUGGAGAGUUGAGAAAUCGAUAUGCUCAAUUGAGUGCCAACAUUGCUCACUACGAAGAGAGAGUCGCCAUGCAGUCCGCCGAGCUGGAUCAUCUACACCAGAACCAUGACGAUUACGACCAAGACGACUACGACUACCAGGACAACCAUAUCGAGCCUAUUGUCCACAUGAGCAAGGAGGAUCUUGUGGAUGAGGAAGACGAAAUUCGUGCUCUUGAGGACAAGAAGAGGGCACUUCAGUCAAGAGUCACUAGCAUGGAGAAAGAUAUCGAGGGUCUGGCCAGAUGA